AUGAUGGUUUUCAAAAACUGUUUGCCACCAGAUUUCAAUUUUGAUGACAUUAAAGGAAAAAUAAAUAAAGAAGCUUUUCCUAACUUGUAUAAGCUACUUCAAAUUGCAAUUACAAUCCCAAUAAGUUCUGCAACUUGUGAACGUAGUUUUUCUAGUAUGAGACGUAUCAAAAAUUGGCUAAGAACAAGUAUGUUGCAGCAGCGCUUUAGUGACUUGUCAAUUUUAAAUAUUGAGAGGGAUUUAUCAAAUAAAAUACAAACGGAAACAGUGUUAGAUAGAUAUAACACAAAAACCAGGAAAAUUGUUUUAAAAUAA